AGUAAAAUUAGUGCAUUCUGCACAGUAAACAUAAUGAUUUACUACAGUAUUUACAGGGUCUGGUUUCGAUAAAACACAAAAAAAUCAUCAUCAAUAUACAUCCCCGUUAUCUUAAUUGGCACAUACCAUUUGUGACCCUUCCUUGGAUAGGAUUGCAUAGAAUGCAUACAUACGUAUGUACUUCCAACAGCUAUUUAAAGCAAGCCCACCCAGUUGGCUUCAUCAGUCCGAUUUUAAUAUCCUUGAAAGGUUCCAAUCCUGAACUUUCCUCCGUCUGUCCAUUUCAAACAUGAAGGUCAUAGCAGUCGCUCUCCUCCUCGUUGCAGGCGCUUUCGCCAAUAGCAUCAAACAGACCAGAGAAACUGGUCCCCCUUGUCCAAUUGCCGACCCACUUAUCGACGAGCCAUCCGAUCAGUUAAAUUUUACCCUCAACCCAAUUGCUCAAAUUAUUGUUGGCGGAAGUCACGGAUUGACGACCAUCAACGGAUUGUCCACUUUCCAAUACGAGUAUACCAUCAAUCUUAUCCAACUCACGGCCGAAUUCACGAUUACCCUGACCACAUUCGACCUCACUUCAACCUACACGGCUGAAGGUUACGUUGACGCCCGACCCCUCAGCCAGUCUUGCAUUCCUUCCGGUAAUUUCACUGGUACUGGUCCCGUGGCCAUCACUGCAGCUGGAUUGGUGGUUUCCGGAAGUGCCACCAUUUUCGUUAACCUAAUCACUGACAGGAUUUCGAUCCGACUCUUGUCCAUCCCCAACCUUGUCUUUGACUCUUUGACUGCCGAUCUUGGACCGGAAUUCAUCAUUGGUGGUGCCCCCGUCGACUGGGCCCAGUUCUCCUCCAACAUCAAAUCUUGCGUCGACACAGAAUUCCCUGCCAAUAGAGAUGACGUCGUUGAAAAGUUCAGACUUGCCAUUAACGAGCUAAUUGCUGACUUUACUCUUCAGGACUUCCUUGACCUUAUUGGCGGAGGAGAUUCUACUUGCCCACCUCCUGGCCUGGUGUAAUUUGGUUGCACAAAAAACAAAUUGCAUUCCAGAUUUUAAAACAAUUGAUUAUACAAAAUCUGCAAUUCUUCCAAAAUAUGUAUUUAAUAAUGUCACAUUCGUGUCAUAAAUAUUUUCAUAUGCAUGUUUUAAGUGCUAAUUGAUCAUGCUACAACUAAACAUUGCAUCACAUAAUUGCAUAUGUACAGUAUGUAUGUAUCAGUGCACACAUAUAUACAAAAGUAUGUAAGUAUGCCACAUUGUCACACGAUUCGUAUACUCACUUAUGUACUUUUUCUAAAAUAAUAAAUUGGGUAAAAUCAA